AUGUCGCGAUAUGGACCAGAAGAUCCUUCUGUAUUGCAUUAUCAGCACAGUCAUAUAUCUCGCAAGGCGUGGGCAGGUGAGGAAACAACUCCUUUCAAUAUUCGGCGCUUUGAGGGCCAUUUUUGGGAAAUAGAUAAUCAUCACAGACGCGUGAUUGAUUAUGUCUGCAGAUUUGGUUUCGAUAGGGUUUUUUACUGUGGGAAGGCUCUAGAUGUAGAUCAUGCUUUGAUCACAGCUUUGGUUGAACGUUGGAGGCCAGAGACACAUACAUUCCAUCUUCUCGUAGGAGAAGCUACUAUUACAUUACAGGUCGUUCAAGUAUUAUGGGCUCUACGUGUAGAUGGAGUACCCUUUACAGGAAAUGGGUAUUGUGAAUCUGGGUGGAAGAGUUUAUGUGAUGAACUGUUGGGCUUCUAUCCCCUUCAAAGGGAGAUGAAGGAAAACAGUAUCUUGGCAUCGGCUUUAAUACAUAGGAUGUCGAUUGAACCGUUAGAAGAUGGUUUGGAAGACGAGGCCUACAUUCAACGGACACGUAUGAUUGUGCUUGUGCUAUUGGGAGGGUUUAUAUACCAGCGUACUGGUGAAUCCAAACAUCUGUAUGGUAUCGGGAAUCAACAUGACUAA